GUGUGACGACGUUAUUUACUUGUCAAGACGUUGCUGCCGUUUCCUGCCGACAUAAAAUCCGUCAAAAUGCUUUUUGACACCACUUAACGAAAGGAUUUUGAAGAGACUGUCUAUUAAAGCAAAAUCUACAAUACGACAAUGCAAAAGCGAGCUAAGAGUUUCUCAAUCGGAUCUAACGUUACACCUCAGUUUACCUGCGAUCAUCCGCUCGCCUGUUUCUUUCGUUUUGAGGCCGUUAUGAUCCACAUUUUUAAGACCAUGGAUGAGGCAUCCCCACCGUCUCUAAAUGACCUUUGCCUUACACUAGUGAGCUCCAGGCUGGAGGUCUUCUGUGAGAUACGUGAUGAUGGGUCGCUGUCCUUCCGAGAGCCUCUGGUUUUUCCACAGGAGCUGGCUGACCAACUGCUCUGCAAGAUGGCCACUGAGGGCCUAUUGAACGACAGCACAGUGGGAAUAUUCAGAAACUGUCAACAAUUCCGCCUGCGUCACGCCUGCAUCCGCACUGCCCGGAUCUCUGCAGAGGCCUUUCACCGUGCCAUCUGCCUCCACCGCCUUAUAGAACUGGAUGCUUCUCGGGUCAAUGCCGACCUUACCAUUGCUGACAUCCUUCGAGGUCUCUCGUCCAAUAAAGUCCUUCUGGAGAGCCUGCAACGGCUCGUCCUUAACGGCCUGACCAUGUCUUCCCUAGAGGAGUCUAACCGCCGUUGCUUCAGUGCUCUCCAGAGCCUCCGUGCGCUCAGUGUGUCCAAUGUCGACUUUUACGACUAUGGUUUGGUGGACGUGUGUGCACUGCCUCGUCUAGAGAGUUUGGACAUCUCCAAUACCUCGGUGACAAAUCUGACACCGCUUCUGGGGUUGAGAAACAGGCUCCGCUACCUCACCUUGCAUCAGCUCAAGAGGCUAGAGAUGACCACGGCUCAACUUCUUGCUGUACUAAGCCAGUUAGAGGGUUUACAGCACCUUGAUAUCUCAGACGAUAAGCAAUUCACAUCUGACGUGGCACGACAGUUGCUAGAGACUCCAGGCAUUCUGCCCCAGUUGGUGUCUCUAGACGUGUCCGGUCGCAAACAAGUGACAGAUGCAUCGGUCAGAGCUUUCGUCGAGGCGAGACCUGGCAUGACCUUCAUCGGUCUCCUGGCCACUGAUGCCGGAUUCUCUGACUUUCUGUCUGGAGAGGGAAGUCUGAAGGUGACUGGAGAGGCCAAUGAGACCCAGAUCUGUGAGGCAUUAAGGAGAUACAGUGAGAGAGAAGGUUUUGUCAGGGAGGCUCUGUUUCACCUCUUCAGCCUCACUCACGCCAUCGAGAAACCACGGCCUGACAUUCUGAAGUUGGUUGCGUUGGGGAUGAAAAAUCAUCCGACCACAUUGAAUGUUCAGCUGGCAGCAAGUGCAUGUGUUUUCAACCUUACGAAACAGGAAUUGGCCUUCGGAAUUCCUGUGCGACUUUUGGGGAAUGUCACCCAGCUGUUACUCGAAGCCAUGAAAACCUUCCCCAACCACCAACAGUUGCAGAAGAACUGCCUGCUGUCUCUCUGUAGCGAUCGAAUUCUCCAGGAAGUUCCAUUUAACAGGUUUGAAGCAGCUAAAUUGGUUAUGCAGUGGCUGUGUAACCACGAGGACCAGAACAUGCAGAGAAUGGCGGUAGCUAUUAUAUCCAUCCUUGCUGCCAAGCUGUCCACUGAACAAACUGCACAACUAGGAGCAGAGCUCUUUAUCGUAAAGCAACUUCUGCACAUUGUGCGGCAGAAGACAUCUCAGGGUACUGUGGACGCUACGCUAAAAUUCACACUCAGCGCUCUCUGGAACCUCACGGAUGAAUCUCCCACCACCUGCAGACACUUCAUAGAGAACCAGGGACUCGAACUCUUCAUCAAAGUGUUGGAGUCCUUUCCAUCAGAGUCAUCCAUUCAACAGAAAGUUCUGGGUUUACUGAAUAAUAUCGCUGAGGUGGGAGAGCUGCACAGGGAACUCAUGGUGCAGAGCUUUCUGGAUCACAUCCGCUCUCUGCUGCACAGUCCAGAGGUGGAGGUCAGUUAUUUUGCCGCAGGAAUCUUGGCUCACCUCACCUCAAGGGGGGAAAAAGUGUGGACCCUCGACCUGUCCCACAGAGCCAUGUUACUGGAGCAACUGCAUUCAGCGAUUCUAAAGUGGCCAACACCAGAAUGUGAAAUGGUAGCGUACAGGUCAUUUAACCCCUUCUUCUCCUUGCUGGGGUGCUUCCAGACUCCAGGAGUUCAGUUAUGGGCUGCAUGGGCUAUGCAGCAUGUCUGCAGCAAAAAUGCCGGGCGCUACUGCAGCAUGUUACUGGAGGAGGGAGGACUGCAGCAUCUAGAGGCUGUGAGGUCACAUCCUGAAACCCAUGGUGAUGUGUGCCGAUUGGCCGACAGUAUUCUGGACAGUUUACAUCGCCAUAGUACACGCACGGGAUGUACAGGACCACCCAAAGCGCAGCAGACACACAGAGAGAAGAACGUUCCAUGACCACACUUGUUAUCUGUCAGUCUCAGAGAGCAGCAAAUGAAACUGGAAGCAUUUUGAAUGUGCGUGUAUAUGUUCAAUCAAUAUGUAAACGACAAUGCUCUCGCAAGAGGCAUGAAGACAAGUUGCUUUGCGUAUGUUUGCACAUGGCGGAAUCCGUUAUUUAUUUGACAAAAGAAUAAGAAAUGUAUUUAGAUGUGCAGCAUAUAUGUUUUGUGUGUCCGUGUGUGUUUAUAUGCGUUUGUGUGCAUGUAUGCAUGUGCAUCAGGAUUUUUGGCAUAUUCAGAUCUCUUUUGAUGCAACUCCAUAGGAAUUAAGAUUAUAAAACUGAUUUCUGACGGAUUUGGACAUUCAGAUGCAAUAAACUAAGACAUGGAUCAGAUAUUGAUCGGAUACAGUUGGAAUAUAGAAAUACACGAUCAGUUCAAAAUGUUUAAACCGUUUGUGUAUGCAGGAAUGAUAAGUCUGGCACGUAAGUUUUGUUUAGAAGUUAUCAAUGGAUUGAAAAGCAGGAGAGCUUUAUAGUAUAUUUUUAUGAACUGUAUAUUGACAGUGUUAAGACGGUCCAUGUUGUGUUGCUCGCAAAAUAUAACAAUUCAGUUUUAAAUAGUACAAAAGCUCUGAUGGAUUUCUAGAAAAGUCCUCAUCCAACCGAGACGAUCAACGAAAUGUGUGGCGAUGAAUAAAAUCAAAGCUUUUGCCGUCAAACUUUGUUAUACAGUUCUGUUGAGGCCACAGAGGAUCGCUAAAUGCACCGCUGCCUACGUCACAGGUAAACAUCACAAGAACAUUUUCUAUUGAAUUUGCUGGGAAUGCAUGUCACUGGAAUUGCCUUCCAGCUGAACAUAACCUUUGUCAAAACCAAUAUUUCAAUUAUUGCAAUAAGAUGAUUGGGCAAAUGAAGGUUUUAAUCCACAGUCUUGUAUUCCAAUUAAUUAAAGAAACUUUGUUUUAUAUAUAUAUAUAUGUAUGUAUGAUGUUUUUUGUUGCAUGGAGUUUCAGGGCCAUGUAUUAUCAUGAGAUAAACAAAUGUGUGAUUUGUUCCAGGCCUUGUCGUGUUAUGCAGCCACUUUUGCAAUUCAAUGAAAAAUGAGAUUCAUUUGUACUAUAUUUCUAAUUUUGCCGGAUAACCAGGUGACUGGGAAUUUGAGGCAGUUAUUGAAAUGCUCUGCCCCUUUUUUGGAUUAAGUUUCAACAUCAAAUUAAAUGUAAUGUCAGUUGAUAAUCCGCUGCUGUUUAAACGCUCCGAAUAAUCUACAGGUUCAUAGAACUCAACAGACUGAACGCGGACGAUUUUGUGAAUGUGUCCCUCUGUGAGGAUAAGACUUUUGUUCUUUGCCUAAUUUCUUAACUCAAGAGUAUGGAUUGGGCAGCAACACCAGAUUAAAUCUACAGUCAAACUGCUGUUUAUGUUCCCGUUAAAACAAAACCAUGAUGGGGAAUAAAGAAAGUGAACCCCUGCA